UUUCAUUAGUUUGUGUUGUUGUGAAGAACUCCGCCAUCUUGGACGUCUAUCGAAGAAUGUGAAGGAUAGAAUGACUAAUUUCAGCGAAUUACGGAGAGUAUUAUCGCGACAAUGUCUUUUGCAUGGGAUAUAGUAGACACUAGAGUGUCUUGAAAGUAAACGAAAAUCACAUUGACUUCAUAACGACCCAAUUUUUAAGCGUUACAGGUUAGAUGGCUGGCAAAGUCGCCAAGGCCCACGUUACCAAAUUUCCUGUCCAUGAAUUUAAUAAUGCCUCAUACUUAGAGUCAAACCAACCUGGGGUUUGGACUAUGGAACAGAAUGAAGUUCUCAGCCAACUUAGAGAAGAGAGCUUCAAAAGAAGAGUUGAUAUCUUGGAGCAGUUGAUUAUUACUGUCCGACGGAAUGGCGGCAGAUUGCCAUACAACGACCCAAAGGCGAUCUUCAAUGGACUUUCGUUUGCACUAUCCGACUCGAAUUGGGACGUACGGCUGAAAUGUACACAGCUCAUUAACGAAGUGAUUCCUCAGUUUGGAGAUGAUUUGGAUACAUGCAUGAAUGUCAUCCUAGGGAAACUGAUUCCAAACAUAGGUGAAAGUAAGAUAACUGUCAGAAGAGCUGUGAUACAGACUUUGCAUGUCUACAUGAAAUACACAAAAAAUGUGCAAGUAUUACUAAAAGCUAUUGUUCAGCAUGGCUUGGAAAAUGAUGAUCCUCGUGUUCGAAAAGAGACUGUUGUUGCAUUACCCAUGUUGUUCACUCCAGAGUUUCAGCGAGAAAAUUUCUUCGAAAUCACACAGUCAUUGGCGAAGAAGCUCCUGGAUAAUUCGGUAGAAGACAAUAUUCGAGACUGUGCAUUAACAACAAUGGAAAAGAUCAAGAAUUUGGUUGGAGAGAGGGAGUUUGGCAAUUACAUUCAAAAGUUGUCAACACCUCUGAGGAGGUAUUAUUGUCAACUCACUGGAAUGGAGGUGGAAUCAGUUUCUGAUGGUUAUAGCUCAUUAGCAAGUACUCCUCGCAAUUCAAAACCACCCUUCUCAAAGUCACCAAAGGUUGCUGAACCUGUUGCAAAUGGGCCUCCCAAUACAAGUCGAGCUCAGUAUGUGGAGUCAUUUGAGUUUGGCAUCAUCCCUAGUCAUGUGAUGAAGCAGAUAAAUGAUCAGGAAAACUUCAAACUGCGUGCUCAAGGAGUAGAAGAGCUGAAAAACUUGAUCAAGGACUUGCAAUCAAAUGAUGUGACAAGCAAUUUGAUGCCACACAUGAUGCCUUUUGUCAGUUUCCUGAGCAAUUUGCUUGAUGACUCUAAUUUCAAAAUUACAACAGUGACGUUAGAAAUUCUUAACAUUCUUGUUGAAAAGUUGGGACAAAAUGUAAAGCACUAUUUAAAACCAUUGUCCUCAACAUUAGCAAAGCGCAUGGGUGAUAACAAAAUUGUUGUGCGUCAAGCUGUGAUGAGGGUAGCUAUUAAAAUGAUGCAAAGCUAUCAACCCAAACCAGUACUAACUGUGAUAUUUGACAAUAUUGGUCAUAAAAACUCCAGAGUAAGACUAGACACUGUAAAUAUAAUCAUUGCAGCCCUUCUCACUUUCCCCAGUUACGAUUUUGAUCUUCCCAGAAUUUGCCAAAUAGUGGCACCAGCCCUAUGUGACAGUAAAAGGCAAGUGAGACAGGCAACUUUGGAGUGCUUUUCUGUGAUAGCCCAAGCCAUGGGACAAGGUCGUCUUCAGCCCCUUGUCCAUGCAGUGGAUGGGGUCGAACUCAGUGCCGAAGGGGAAGGGGUAAUGGCGGCCGUCCAAGCCCGCCUAGCAAGACGCCAGCUCCCCAAAUUGAACCAUGAAGGGUUAGUUGAAUAUGCAAUGCCUAUUCCAUCCUCUGCACAAAGUCGCUCAGGGAACCAUGCUCAUGCAGCCGAUAUCGACUGGGUCUUGGCUGUCGGAAAUAGUGGGUCAGCAAGACAUAUUUCUCGGUCUGAUACGUUAGAGAUUGAAUCGGUGACUUCGUCAGCAAGAUCAACGCCGGCAGUCAGUACCAUGGAGAAUGGAACGCCCGGGCCGAGCAGGCGAUUCAAAAGUGCCAGUAUGAGAAGUAAUUUUCCUUGGGAAGAUGAACGAGAUGCAAGAGACAAGAAAAAUCAGCAAGGAAGUAUAAAUGAAGGGCCUCCGAAACCUAUGCGUGCCACAUGGGCAGGAGAUGUCGAUUCAAUCGAGACCAACCAGACCCCAAAGAGGAAGCCACCACAGCGCCGCAUCACGGUGGUGGGCAUCAAUGCAGUGGAGGACCAGCAGCCACCACCAGACACAGGAUCUUACAAACAGAUGCAUCUAAACAAACUGAAAAAGAAUUACAGCAGCACAGGCAAAAUCAACACUAACACUAUUGGUGGUCUUGAUUUGGCUGAAGUAGAACGAGCUGAUGUGGGAUCUCCUAGCUUUGGUAGUGAGGACUCGUGGAGAGCAAAUGACGAGUCUCCGUUUCCAUCCAAGCCUGCCCUGGCUCGUUCUGCCACACGCCGCCCUACCAAAAGAGUGCCACCUAUCGCCGCCGCCCAGUCCGAGAGGUUCUCCUCCAAAGAAGAUGACCAGGACAGUGCUUAUGAGGACUCGCUGGAGAGGGGCCUAUUUGAUGAGUCCAAGUCUGAGAUGAUGAAAUACUUGAAAAGCCUUCGAGGUGCCCCAAAGAUGAUGAACUCUCUCAAGAGUAUAAGAAGCAGUGCUUCAAAGAAGAAGGAGGAGAAGUUUGGUGGUCACUCACGGUCCCGUUCCCCCUCCCCAGACCUACACGAGAGUGGGAUCUGGAGCACCAUCUCUUCCAACGGAGAGUCGGACACGGGUUCUAUUUCCAACAGGUCCAAAAAAGGCAAAAAGACAGAGUCCCCAUUUGAGUCUCGUCCAAAGUUGGCCAGAACCAACUCCUUCUCCAAGAAAAAGCCAGAGCUUAGCAGCCCUGAGGACUCAGGGGUCAGCAGUGCUGGCAACUCGGGGGUCAUCAGGAUAGACUACAACCCCUCCAGCGGGGUCACAUUCAGGGAAAACAAGACGUCCAAUGUCCAGGUGGUGGGUAAAGGCUACAGUGAGGACCAGGAGAACUUGGACCGGCGGGUCAGUGUUGGGGGACCCAACACUAAAGUACGCGACAGAAGGAGGAUGCAGAAAGGCCCCUUGUUAUCUCCCCUUGGAGUGGCCUCCAUGCACAGCUAUGGGGCUGUCGAGUGGGAUGACGAAAAAAUGCCUACCCAAGACAGUAUUGGUGUAGUAGGCAAGGGAAUGUUUGACUCGAGUAAUGGUGUAGAACAUGCAGUGAAUGCUGGGAACUCCCAGUCAGGUGACAGACAUGAUCGUAAGCCCCCACGUACGGAUCGCAAAGACUUCACCAGCGGGGUGGUGGGGGUCAGUAUCAAUCGCCAGGGCUCCAGCGAUGAGCCGGGGAUGGACGAAACGGACAAUCUUUACCUAGAAGACGAGAAUAGUAAAGCUAUGAGCAAAGCCAUGAAAGAUAGAUUAGCCAAGGCACAAAAACAAAAGGAAGAGGAAUUGGAACAGCAGAGAAUUGAAAGAGAGAGGAAAAAGCAGGAGCAUGAUGAGAAGUUGAGGAAAGAGAGGGAGCGGCAGCAAGAGAAGCUCAAGAGGCUCAACACCAGUGAGAGCAUCCCCGUCACGACCCCCAAAAAGUCACCAUCCCCUCGCAAGAAGCCGGGCAGUGGGCCUACCAUGAAUGGUAAUGCUAGUCACCCUCCUGUGGUUUCUGCCUCCUCCAAUGGUCUGUACGAGUCAGAUAACCCUAGUGACUGGCAGCCCUACAGAGACGGAGAGGUCGCUCUACGGGACGCCCACAAGAACCUCGGCAGUGACGAAUGGGAAGCCAAGUGUGGCGGUGUAAACACUAUUAGAAGACUGGUGAUGUACCACCCAGACACAGUGAAUGCUCAGCUCCACACGGUAGUGCUGGCCAUGUUAAACGAGGUGAAAAAUCUUCGAUCUCAAGUGUCAAGGUUGGCUAUUGUUGCUCUUGGAGAAAUGUUUGCUCAACUCAAAAAGAGCAUGGAUGCUGAUGUGGAAAUAACUGCCAAAGCUCUGUUAGCCAAAAAUGGAGAGAGCAAUGGAUUUAUUCGGGAAGAUGUGGAGAAAGCAUUACAUGCCAUGGUGGAAUUCACCACCCCACAGCGGAGUUUGUUGGCACUGAUUGCUGGUGGUGCUACUCAUAAAAAUGUGCAAGUCAGAAAGACAACAUCUCGCUUUGUUGUGGAGUUGGUUGAAAAGAUGGGGCCAGGAAGAAUCCUGAGUGGAGUCAAGGAUGUCACCGAUAGGGUGAUCCCCAUGGUGGCUCAGUUUGUCAUGGACCCCUCCCAGGAAACCAGGUACAAUGGAAGGAGAAUUUUGUAUACACUGAUGGCUCAUCAGGAUUUUGAUAGAAUGUUGUCAAAGCACUUGCCAGCCAACACUCUCAGGAAUGUUCAAGAAAUUGUGGAAGGCUUGAAGACCAAGGGUCUUGGGGAAAUGCCCCAUGAAGCGUCAUCGGCUAGAGGAGGAAGAGGCCCAGCUAGUCGGGCCAGCUCAACAGUGAGAGGGGGGUCAGCGAACAGUGAGCCCCAGCACAGCACCCCUUCACGGCGCCUGGCUCGCACAGACGACGCGACCCAGGAGUCCAUCAAAAACAUGACCAAUCUAAUCUCUGCCAACGACUGGCGAGACAGACACAAGGGCAUCACCAUGCUGCUUGAGAUGGCGGAGAGCAACACAGACGUGGUGAACAUGAAUGUAGUCAAGAUAUUUGACAAGUUCCUGCCCCGCCUACAGGACCCAAACAGUAAGGUGAAUCUGUACGCUCUGAAUGUGAUGCAACAGAUCAUCCCUGUUCUGAGUGACUCCCUCACCCAGGUCCUGAGUAUGGCGAUAGGAAACAUUGCUCCCAACCUGUCAUCUAAAAACAAAGAAAUUUAUAAUACUGCAAUGGACAUCAUCAACUCAUUAACUGAACACAUAGACGGUGGCCAGUUACUGCAACCUUUAGCAAACCAGGCUCAGUCGGCCAAUGCUAGAAGUAAACCUGACCUAGUGAUUAAAGUAGCAGAACUUGUGACCAAAGUUUAUCAGCGCAAGCAAAAACAAGUGGUGCUACAUGUGUUGCCGCUCUUAUGGCACCUUCUAGGGGCCACAAACAGUAGUGGGGCGGUUCAGGGGGGUAGCUCAAGCAUUCGCACCGCAACUGGCAUCCUGGUCAACUCUUUAUAUUCCCAGAUGGGGCCAGCUUUAUUAGAGAAGGCCACCACUGACCCCAAUGUGACUCCACGCCACCUCCAGUUGCUUCAGGAAAUGAUAGAGAGAUAGGAGAGGUCCCCCACUGUGAUAUAUGUUAUCUAUACAUGUAUAUAUCUGUUGUUAUUUAUGGUAUUAGAGUGGCCAGAGAGGUUUGUUUUUGGGAUUACAGAUUCUGGAGUGUUUGUAUUUCCAGUGAAUAAUUUUGUCCCUUGUGGUUGUUUUGGGGUAUUAUUUAUUAAUUCAUGUAUAUUUUCACCGAAAUUGACAUCAAUCACUACUAUAGUUUGUUCAUAUUAUUUUACUUUUUAUGAUCUCUGAUUUUAAUCAACAUUUUUUAUGUCAUCAAACUUGUGAUUUUUGCCCUCUUCAAAUGAGUGAUUUGUUAAGAAUUUUUAAAAUUGGUUAAAAAAAUCCUGUGACCCUAAAAAUGAACUUUUGGCCAAGUUAUCCAAUGUUAGCUUGUGUAUACAUGUUCUGUGAUUUUCUCUGAGCAGAGAACCUGUUGUUAAUUUAAUAGCCUAUUGUAAUAGGUGAAUAUUAUUGGUGUACAGUAGAUAGAUUUUAUUUAUACCUUUGGUGUGGAUGUGAUGAAAUCAAGUGCUAUCAUGAUUGUGAUGUAAAAAUGAGUUUUGUUUUCUGUUGGAAUAUGAGUGAUUCAUAAGAGAAUUGGAUCGUACCUUGUUUACAAUUUAUAUUUUAGAGAAUCAUGUGUUGUUGUUAUUAUAAACUAUUUAUUUUAUGUGCAAGUUUUUGCUUGCCUGGUUCCUUUCGUUUGUUAAAAUACAGCCAAUGCAUGAUUUCUUCCUUAAACAUAUAUGUAUAUGAAUGUUUCAGUAGAAAAUAACUACAGUCAGAAAAGUUGUGAUAGAUGUAAAAAAAAAAAAGUUUAUUAUAUAUAAUUAUCAGUGAAGAGAGUUAGUAUAGCAUAAUAUGCAUAUAUCAUCAGAAAAGAAACCUUUAGUUGAACCAAGAUGGAAUGUCUUUUAUUUUCGCCUUUUUGUAAAAAGACUCUUUGCUAGCAUUCCAUGGCUGCAUUUCGCCCUCCCAUCACUUCCUCCCCCCCCCCCCUCAGCUUAGUUAAAGUGACCAAGUGGGUAUCUCACGGUGUUAGAUGUCAAAUUGUUAUCCCUACCUACUAAUUAUAUAGGAAUAUAUAAUAAUGUGUAUCUCGCAUCUAAACCGUCCUGUGUAUUUGAGUAUAUAUUAUAUACCGCACCUGCCCUAUUGGCAAAUGUACAGGCCGCUGUUUUAUUAGACAAUUAUAUAUUUUAGAAAGUACCAUGUCAUUAUCAUUUUACUUCCAUUCUAAUCUUUUUUUUAAAACAAUUCUUUUAUGACUAGGAAUAGUCGCAUUGUUGAAACAUUUAAUGUCUAAAUCUUCUUUUUGAUAGAGACGAGGUGUUUUAGUCACAGUAUUAGUGUAUAUAUGCAUUCAUAUCCAGUCUCUCUCUACAUACACUAUGUGUUGUUUUCUCAGUCAGUUUGGAAGAAGAUGUGAUUUUGUUUUACAUUAAUAACAAAAAGUGAUUCUGUGGACCAUGUUUACAGGUUCUACCAAAUUGGAAUUGUUUUUAUUUUUUAAAGUUUAGAUUUGCUAGUCAUGUUGGUGAUAGUAUGGAAAUUUAGCUGGAUUUGGGACUGUAAAUUUGUAAUUCCUACAGGAAGUGUUUAUGUCAAAUCCGUCCAAGAUAUGUAAGGAAAAUAUAUUUUUGUUUGUACAGAAAAUAUCAUAUCAUUGUUUCCAUGUACCACUGUAUAAAGAAAUGAUUAUUUAUUCUUGAAUGAAUGUACAUGAAGGGUAUUCUUUUCUGACAGGUAGGCACUGUUUGAUAAAAUGCUGUCACUUGUUGAAUUCACACAAAAUCCAAAACCCGAUUUGUUUUGUCCCUGGCCAUCACUUGCAUUCAUACUAUAUCUGUAUUUUGGUUUGUUUUGAAAAAAAAGUAAUGAAGCAAAAUAAGCACAGAAACAUCUGCAGAAAGUAUAUCCUUCAUGUGUGUUCAUUCAGUGACUUACUAAUUUUUUUUUAAUCAUCAAAAGCAAUUAAUUGUUAUCAUCAUUAUCAGUAUUACGUUAAUAUUGGUCAAAUUUGGGAAGUUGGGAACAAACAGGUAGACAGGAUGGAAAACUAUUCCUAGUAUUACACGGUUUUGAUGUAGGAUCAUCAUCUCGACUCGAUUCAUAUGGCAUUUAACUGGAACUGAUACAGGUUUGGAUUGACAUGGAGUACUUAAUGAUGCUGUUAUGAUUGUCUGUAGACUAGAUAUUAUUGUGCAUAUGACAGUACAUGCUUGCUCAAAUCAUUCCAUCCAACUUCAUUUGGGCUGUGUUGGCUAUUGAAUACCUAAUAAAAUAUUCAGUGAAA